CAGACUUGCUCUCGGGGCCCUAUCGCCGAUCUAUCGGCGAUGUGCCGCCGAUCCCAGGUCGAUGUGUCCCCCUCCAUGCCAGUCCCCCCUAUCGUUGCCCCUCAGCUGAGGGCACGGGAAUGCUUUCUGGGCCUGUCUUGGAGCAACCGCGAGAGCCCUGCCGGCAGGACUCGCCGGGCAAGGCCCGCAUCAUCCGCAGGGCGCUCGAGGUGAUGCCGGGCUCCGCGCGGCUGUGGCGGGAGGCCGCUGGGCUCGAGGCCGACCCGGAGGCGCGAAGGGCGCUGCUGGCGAAGGCGGUGGCGAGCGCCCCUCACGGCGUCGAGCUGUGGCUCGCGCUGGCCAGGCUCUCGAGCUUCAAGGAGGCGCAGCGCGCCCUCGCCGCCGCCCGCAAGCAGGUGCCCGCCAGCGUGACCCUGUGGGCGGCGGCCGCGCGGCUGGAGGAGGCGCACGGCAACGUCAAGCUCGUGGAGCCCAUCAUCGAGCGCGCGGCGGGGGCGGUGCCGCAGGACCGCGAGGCGUGGCUGCGGCAGGCGGAGGAGGCGGAGAAGCUCGGUCUCGGGAGGACGUGCCAGGCCAUAGUGAAGGCCGUCAUGAGAGUGGACACGGACGCCGACGACGAGUCCAUGCAGCACGUGUGGACGAGGGAGGCCCGCGCGGCUGCUGGCCGGGGUGCCGUGGAGGUGGCCAGGGCCAUCUACUGGAACGGCCUCGCACAGAGAAAGGGGGACCCCACGCUCUACUGGCAGCUGCAGGAGCUGGAGGCGAGGUGCCCCGUCUCGCCGUCGCACUGCGCGGCUCGGCCAGGAGCUUGGUGAGGGGCCGGGGCUCGCUUCACCGGGCGGGGCGACGCCGAUCGGCGCGCGCCGCCUCGUUUUCCCGCACAUCCCGAGUGUGUCUGUGUUGUUGUUGGUGAGACCCCUCUGCCUCACUCCUGCCACCUCCUCACUCAUCUUGCAGCGGGGGGCCUUCGGCCUCGGCGGAUGCUUUGGCCUCUCGCCGUCUCUUCCACGGAUCCGUGCACGCCUAAUUCGGUGGUUCUCAUUUGGCACCCGACCGCAGCGCCGCACAGUCUCAACCUCGCCCGCCGCGUUUGGUCUCAUGCCCCGCAGUAGUUCGUCCCAGCGGCAGAAAGCCGAGUCUCACCGCGAAGACAGCCUGGGGCUUGGUGGUGAGCGCCUUCAAAUUCAGCUUGCGCGGCCAUGUGUCGACAAUUGUGGUGGUCGUAGUCGA